CAGCCCAAGCUUGCGGGUUGAUCUAUUGUCCACCAUGGGUUUUCUGCGCAAGUCUCAUCGGCGCCAUCGCCAUCGCUGCCCACUGCGCUUCUCAAGAUCUAUUGUUGCCUAUCCAUUGGUGUUUAUGACACCACCCAUGGUCUCUCCACCAUCUCAAGUGCGACAGAACUACCACUUCGACUGCAAGGCCGCUGUUAACAGCCAUGUCAACCUGCAGCUCUACAACUCCUAUGUCUACCUGUCCAUGGCCUUCUACUUUGAUCGUGAAGAUGUGGCUCAGGAGAACUUGGCAAGCUUCUUCCUGAAAAAGUCGCAUGAGUGUACUGCUCAAGCCGAGAUGUUCCUGGCAAUGCAAAACCAGCGUGGUGGCCGCAUCUCUUUGCGCACCAUCAGCAAGCCAGACCGUGAUGAUUGGCUCGGCGGCCUUCAAGCCAUGGAGUAUGCCCUUCAACUGGAGCUGGCAGCCAACCAAAGCCUUGUGGCCCUGCACCAGCUAGCUGCUAGCAAGAAUGAUGCCCAUCUAUGCAGCUUUCUGAAGACCCAUUUUCUGAACAAGCAAGUUGAGGUCCUCGAGGAGAUGAGCGGCUACGUGACCAACAUGCAGCAGAUGGGGUCUCCAGAUCAAGGCAUGGCUGAAUAUCUAUUUGGGAAACUUUCCCUGGAUGACAAUAAAGAGAAUUGAACUGGAACUUUCUU